AUGAUGAUCAAUUAAAUAUAUUUCAGAAAUUAUUUAAAUCUUUUAUUUUUAUUUAAGCAAAUGAUGAACGAUCAACCUCCCUUCAUAUCAUUAGAAAGUUAUGACGAUAUCAACUAGAUCCGAAAGAAAUUUCCCUCUUUAGCAAAAAUCAACCUUAAUCACGAAUUUAACAAUUUAGAAGAAUGCAAAUUCUUUAUUAUAAGAACAUAAGGAGAAGACAAUGUCCAUAGAGCUAUGAAGUACGGCAUUUGGACGAGCUCAUCUCGUAAAAACGAACGAUUACACGAAGCAUUCACAAAUAAGAAAUAAGAAGUUUAUCUGUUCUUUACAGAAAUUAAUAGUAUGUGCUUUAGCGGAAUGGCAAAGCUAACUUCUGCAUUCAAUCCUAAAUUCCACUUUAAGUUUUGGUUAAUUGAAAAUAAAUGGUUUGGCACAUUUUCAAUAGAAUGGUUGUAUAUUAAGGAUCUUUCAUUUAAGCUAUUCGAAAAUAUCAAGCAAAUUCAAAAGUUAGAAGGUAGUGAAGAAACCUUGAAAUCAGUUUAUGAUUUGAUAGAUUGCACAGAAUUAUCAAAUGAAAAUGGCAUCAAAAUGACAAAAAUAUUUCAAAAUGAAGUCUCCAAUAAAAGCUUAUUUGAAGAAUUUCCUCAACUAGAUAAAUUGGAAUUUGAAAAUAGAGAGGAAAGAACAAACAACCAAAGAUUUGAGAAGAAAUUCAAGGAACUCUCCUCUGUCUUUGAAACUAUCCCAUUCUCCUUCUCAGUUGCAUCCUACGAGAGGAAAAAAAACAAUCGAAAGUCUUAAGGGGGAUACUAUUAACCUCCUUAUGGCUAAUAAUAUUAUUAUUAAUAACCUUACUAACCUUAUUAUUAUUAAUAAUAAUAAGUUGGUUAUUAAUUUCAAUAGACUCCUCAAUAUUGGUAACAAAACAACGGAUUUUAUUAGAAUCAAUAUUAUCAAUAAUAAAACAGCAAUAAACAACAAUAUGGCAAGCAGCAAAAUUACGAAAAACCUGCUAGAUAAAAUUAAUAACAAUAAUACUCUCAAAAUUAAGGAUUUGAACAAUAGCAAAAUCCCGAAUCUAAUGGAGAGGUCUAAAACUUUUCAUUGGACUAAAGAUUCUAAAUAAAUAAUUAGUAAUUAUAAAAAAGAACAAAAAUUGAAAAAACCAAAAAAUACCCCAAUAAGAAUGAAGUGGAAUAUGUUGAGAAAAGCUAAGCAUAAACUUCUGUUUAAAAGAAUUGA